AUGGUACAAAGGCUGAACAGUGUCAUGGAGAAGGAAGGCUACCCUCUCCCUGACUGGAUCGAAACCAUGAGAGCUGAGUCUGCCGGCUUUGUUGUUGCUGGAUAUGAUACGACGAACACAACCCUCUGUGGGGGCAUCAAGUUCAUCGCGGAUGACCAAGCAGUUCAGCAGAGACUUUUUGAAAGCAUUCAGAGCUUUCACACCGCAGCAAGUAGUGAGGGUCGUCUUCCUACCCACUCUGAGAUUUGCGAAGCAAACAUACCGUACCUAGACGCAGUUAUUGAGGAAAUGCUUCGGCUUGCUCAUACAGCAACCAGUCAAGAUCGAGAGUGCAAAGAAGAUACAGUCAUCUUGGGCCAUGUCAUCCCCAAGGGUACCACCGUCAUUGUCCCAAACCGGGGUCCAAGCUUUACUGAGCCGGGAUAUGAGAUCGAGGAACGCCUGCGGAGCCCAUCUUCGAGAAAAGCAGCCACCGAUUUUGGUUCCUGGGCCUGGGGCUCCCAGGAGAUGAGAAAGUCAAGCCGGAUCGUUGGCUUGUACGAGAUGAGAAGGGUAAUGAUGAAUAUAAUGGUUCUGCAGGGCCGACCUUACCCUUCGGCCUUGGACUUCGCGGUUGCUUCGGACGAAAGCUGGCAUACAUGGAAAUGA